AUGGACCUCCAACCAUUACGGCGCAAGGCCAACACUUAUGGCAAGGGCAACAGGAAAAUCUUGGUGCAUGAUAUCUUUGAUAUCGGCGCAACACCCUCUCACGUACCACUGACUUCCAAGUCCACUCACUCAAAUGCUACAUCCCAACUCGCUUCAUCGAAUGACAAUCCUCCCUCUGUUGUCGCAAUCGAACAGAACACCUGGGCGGAUUCCCAUGCAGCUAAUGGCGUGGUUGACUCUAUGGCCAUCAGGCAAAGUACUCCGUCAAGCACCACAGGCUCUUCUCCAGCCUCUCCUCAACAUAUAUCCGCGGAUAUGUUCGAAAUCCAGUCUAGCGAUGAAGAAGCGGCCCUCAAACACAAAGGCCCACUGAAUAAGAGGAGGAGAGUAAUGCCAGCAACAUCGAAGGUUGAGCCCAUAAGGUCCAAUAAAGACCUCGCCCGACCUCGCGUCCAGACGUCUAAACAGUCAGAUCGCGCCUUGAAGACCACCAGCAAAAGCUCGGGUUUAAAAGCCAGCCACAGUGGUGUAACCAAGAGCACUCUAAAGCCCGUUAGACGCCCACAGCCACUGGCGAGCUCAUAUUUUUCCUCACCAAAAUCCAUGCCACGCGACGCACGGGUUAGCAGCGGCUCGUCUGCUCCAAUGUCUGAUACUUCUGCCUCUCCACCACGAGUUUCACGCCAGACCACUCCGAAGCGGAAGAUUGCCCUCUCAGACGAUGGACCUACCAACGCUCCCAGCCCAAGUGACCUUCAGCUGACUUCACUGAGGCUCACUCCGGAGCGGAGUGCUCCCCAAGCCCAUCACCUUUCUGAAGACGUGGAAAUGUCAGACAGCAGUACUAACCAUCUCAUCCAGAGCAAGGGGAGGAAGAGGCUGGUUGACAGACUUGAUGGCCCUCGCCCGAGGACUCCAGAGAAGUUGAACGCUGGGGCCGGGGCAAGUGGAUUCGAACCAGUGGAAUCAUCACUCAGCCACCCUUUGCACGGGUGUACUACUCCCUCCCAACUCUCAAGAAGCACCAGUGAUUCCGAUGUCCACAACAUCCAGAAAUCCACGGUAGAGGAGAGCAAGACUGCACCUCCUGCGAGAGUAGCACGAACUUAUGCGAAACAACGGUCCCACUUGAGUGAUAUGCUGGAUGGCUUGGAAUCGACCAGCCAGCCCUCGUCGCAGCAAAGCUACUCUCAGCCCACCUCGUUUACGAGUCUCGCCUCUCAGAUGGACCUUGGAUUGGAUGACGAUAGCGAUGAGGCCGGUACCUUUAAGCAGCCUAAAAGUAUACACGAAUUGCGCCGUGCUGGUGCCAUCACCAAAUUCGACAAUGAGCUCUCGACAGUUCUUGAUGAAAUCGAAUCGGGACUCAAAUCACCCAGAAUUCGAGGCUUAAUCCAACUUCUAGAAAAGUUGGCCGACAUAACCUUUUUAGCUCAUUUCCAGGACUCUGGUUGGUUUAGCCAAUUCAGUGACUGUGCUGGCGCCUCGCUGGAUGAGGUGAGCGCCACAUUGAUGAUUGUGGUGUUUCAAAGAAUGACAUCUGCAAUACAUGUGUCUCCCAAAACGUCGGCACAAAUACUUGAUGCAUUGUAUCGACUACCCAGGUCCCUGGCAGUUACGAACAGGCCAUUAUCCAAGGUGGCCAAGGAUCGUCGACAGAACCUCCCCAAGAUUUUGCUUACAGAAUUGACGGAGUAUGAACGAACAGCAUCCUCACAAGCAGACCAUCCGCCUUUUCCAAUUUCGCUGAUCUUCUUCACGGCACUGGAAAGCACCUUGCGUACUCUAAUCAAGCACGGAGAGCGCUUUCAACCUCUACCGUCAUCUUUGGUUGAGGAUCUUUUAUUGGCGUUGGCCACCAUUCAGCAGGCAUUGUCUCAGGGCAGUGGAGGAGAAGAGAGUCUUAGAAUUCUCAACAUCUUGCUUUCGACAUUAGAAAUAGCCAGCUUCAACCAUGACCUGGUUGCUUUGAUUGAAAACAGCCCACAAUUCCCAGCAUUACGGGAGAGUCUGACAGGUCUACUGAAGUGGGGACAUCAAGCACAGCAAUCCCAGUUGGAGCAGGCGUGCUUGAAAUUCAUUGUGAGCUUGAGCAAUAACCAACCCAACAUUUGCCAGGAAUUUGCAAAGGAGCAACUCAUCAGUGGAGUGUACUCAGUAGUCGACGAUCAUUUCUGUCGCGUGGCAGCUUCUGCAGUUCAGGCUCAAGAAUUGGAUGGUGUGAAGUUGGAUGCAGCAGUUCUUGCGCUUGGGUGUUUGCUCAACUUCGCAGACUGCGCAGAUGCCGCCAGGGAAAGGAUGUUGGAGAGUGUCCAAGGUGGGCGCAGCCUGAUAGAUGGACUGAUCGACAUUUUUAACAGCUAUUUCGAUCUGACUUCUGAGGCGGAUUCCCUAGAUCAGGCACAGGUUCUCAUUCCUCUGGGCUACAUCUCCAUGUUGCUUUGCACCUUGUGCCUCAACCAGCGGGCAUGCGAGUUGAUCGCGCAGUCAAGCAAAGGAGCUGGAUUGGAGCAGCUUUUCUCGGCGGUGGAGACUUUUCUGAUCCCGUUGCGACAAGUUGAAAUGGAUCUUGCUGUCGAUGGAGAAUCACGGUCUGGAAGUUUUGACCGAUUUAUGGCUAUUUACCAAGCCGUUAAACAGAAAGUCGCCUAG